AUGAAUAGCAACGUAGUCAAUGGUUACUGUGAGAAACUGGUCAGUGGUAUGCUGAACAAGCAGCAUGUAGAAGCUAUUGAGGACGAUAGGUAUUCGCAUGUGGUAUCUCGAUCGCAGUCGAGAUUUGCAGCACCCAUUUCAUCUAAUCGUAUUUUGAAUUUAGAAUUCCACCCUUCGGGUCAUUACAUGGCCUAUAGUAGAGAGGAUGGAUCGCUGACGGUCUGGAGGCUCGCCAACGUAUCAUUUGCACGGUCAAAGAAAAUGGUCAUACCGAAUGCUAUGUCUCGUUGGGUUUCUUGGAAUCAUCAGGAAAUCUCAGAGUUUGCUACUUGUAGUGGGAAUCACGAACUGUACAUAUGGGGGGUUGAUGAGAAAAAGAGAGAAAUUGUCAAGUUGAGAACUUUAAGCUCAGGUAACAAGAACAACAAGAUUGAGAGAUGCAUAUUUGACGCUCAAGGUCGUUGGUUGCUAUCUCAACAGGGUCUUGUGCUGCAGUUUUGGGAUGUUAAAUCGGACUAUCAGUUGAAGCAGAGUUAUCAAUUGGAUGAGCUUGAGGCUAAUGUUAGCGAUGAUGAUGUGAUUACGGCAGUGGUUUGGACCAAUUCGGGUUCACACGUGAUCGUAGGGCUCAACAGCGGUAAAAUGUGUAUAUUACAAGUGGGGGAAGAUUCAGUGCGACCAUUGUUAUUCAUAGAAGCCCACAGAUCAGCCAUUACUUCCAUGGUGAUGGAUCCCUGGGGAGAAAAAUUGAUUACAGGAGGUGCAGAUGGUAGUUGCAACAUAUGGGGAUUAGCGACGAUGUGUUGUGAAAAAACAAUUGAUAAACACUCUCGCAUAUGCUGUAUGGAUGUGGAUCCGUCGGGCAAGAUUUUAGCUGUGACCACAGCCGAUAAUACUGUACAGUUUUAUGAUACUAAUGAACUACAGUUGUUGGCAUCACAGAAUUUGAAAACAACAGAAUCAGAUCCAUUAAUUAAAUUUUAUCCAGAUAAGUCGUGGUUCAUACUCUCUGGUAAAGACGAUUCCAUCGAAAGACAUUUUACACCAGGUAAUUAUAACGACUUAAUUUCGUUUUACAAAGUGGAAAAUGAAAGAAGAAACUCUCGCAGUCGUAUCCAAAGAAAACCAAUUAAAAAGGACUCGAAAGAACGUGCUAGAGUCUCGAAAUGGGAUCUCCCCAAAACAAGUAGGUUCAAUGAUAGAUUUUAA